AGUGGACAGCAUCAGCAUAUCAGGAAGUGAACGAUAUGUCAUCCGUCAUGCAUUACUAUCCAGUGCACCAGCCCAAGGUGGCCCAAUACCCGGUAGCUCCAACCAUGGGCAAAUACAGCGAUUUGCUUUAUGGCCACCAUCACCACGCCACAAAUCCCAUCAGCUUGCCGCCCACCUACAGCCAGAUAAACACCAAUCCCACCACCAUCAAUGAUCACUCCUCGCAGCAGCAGCUUCUUCAUCACCAGCAGCAGCAGCAAGUGUCCUCCGACGAGAACUUGCCCUCCCAGCCCAGCCAGGACUCGCAGAGGGUGAAGUUGAAGCGAUCCCGCACUGCCUUCACCAGUGUCCAGUUGGUGGAGCUGGAGAACGAGUUCAAGAGCAACAUGUACCUGUACAGGACUCGGAGGAUAGAGAUUGCCCAGCGAUUGUCUCUGUGCGAGCGCCAGGUGAAGAUCUGGUUCCAGAACAGGCGCAUGAAGUUCAAGAAGGACAUCCAAGGACACCGGGAGCCCAAGGCGAGUGCCAAGCUGGCUCAGCCGCAAGCAGAGCAGAGUGCUCACCGUGGAAUAGUGCAGCGGCUGAUGUCCUAUUCCCAGGAUCCCAGGGAGGGAGCUGCAGCAGAAAAGCGUCCCACAGCAGCUGUUCCCCCAGUGAUUCCUCAGCCAGCUUAUGUGCCAGCCAAGAUCAAGGCUCCAGCUGCGCCUACCAGUGCAUCCAACAACAAUACCAGUAUGUGCUCCAGCUCUGAUCUCAGCGAGAUUCUGGAGCAUCUAGCUCAGACAACGACAGCGCCCACCACAAGCCUUGCCAACCCCGGAUUAUCCUCCAAUUCCGGAGCGAGUUCGGGACAUUACUCCUACAAUGUGGAUCUGGUAUUGCAGAGCAUCAAGCAGGACCUGGAAGCUGCCGCCCAGGCUUGGUCCAAGUCCACCACGGCCACCCAGUCCUGGUCAGCCAGUGCCCAAAACCAAAUCCCCUCAAGCGCUGUUCACACGGCUCCUUCAAUGAAUCUUUCAUGGGGCGAACCCACAGCCAAGUCCAGGAAGCUGAGUAUCUCGCACGUGAACCCCUGUGCCGCAGGCUACAAUUAUACAAAUUAAUCUUUUUAUUUUACAUUUUUAUUACUUUAAUAAGCUUAAGUUUAUAAGUUUAAUCUCAGUUGAGCUAAGCGAACGUCUCUGGCAUUUGGAC